ACUACCCACAAUGCACCUCUCCUGCCACCGAUGAGGAAAUUUGAGAGUUGGGAAGUAUUUGCAGUUGCGUCGUUGUCCGUAACGCUCAUACAUUUCCUGAAGUCAUGGCAGAGAAACACCAGCAGUUCGAGUCUGUGAUUAUCAGAAGCCUCCGGCUUUUUAGAGAUCGAUAUUUUUCGAACAAAGAUGGCAAAGAAGACUUUAUGAAAACAGCCGCGGAACAAGACAAUGAGGAGAAAGAGUCGGGAUUUUUGGAAAGUUUACCGGUGGGCGUACAGUUCCAGAUCAUGACCUUCCUUUCUCCGUCUGACAUCUGCCGCCUUGGGGCCACCAGUCAGUACUGGAGAGCAAUGGUGAGAGAUUCAUUACUGUGGAGAUACUUCCUGUUGCGGGACAUGCCCGGUUGGUCCUCUAUUGAUCACGUGAGCAUGCCCAACCUGGACAUGCUGGAUGCUCCGCUCAUUUCUGAGGAUGAGAGCCUCGACGACAGAGAAGAAGGAGACGAAAAGGAGAGGGAAAUCAAAUUCGACUACAUGUCUGAAUACCUGAAAGGAUGCCCCUCCUGCAGACAGAAGUGGCUCCCCUCACGGCCAACCUAUGCCGUCAUGACCUCCUUUCUCCAGUACAUCGUGCGUCCAUCUGAACCUCGUUACGCCAUGUUUGGUCCUGGCAUGGAGCAGCUGGAUGUGUCGCUGGUCACCAGGCUCGUGCACGCCCACGAUAUGCUGCCUUUAGCAACCACUCCAUCCCGGCAGCAGAUAAACGCCAUUGGCUCAGGGAUCAGCUUCAUGUUCAAAAACCAGAACAAAUUUAACAUCUUGACUCUAUAUUCAACCAACAGAGCAGAACGGGAGAGAGCCAGAGUGGAGCAGCAGAGCAUCAGGAGCAAGCUCUUUACUGUUGAAGGAACCAAUGACUCGGGCUAUCCAGUGUAUAGCCCCACUCCUCACGUCCAGCUGGUGAGCCAGGUGGUGGAUGGGUUUAUUUAUGUAGCCAAUGCAGAGUCUGACAGAGCAGUUGACUGGAAGGCGGAGAUUUCCCAGAUCAGAGUUUUGCUAAACUGUGCGGCGGACCCCACAUCCAGGCCUCUGCUGGUGCUUUCCUGUGUUUCCAGAGAACAGUCAGAAACCAUAAAUACCACCAAACACCGAACUCCCUGUGUUUACGUGGCAAAGAGGCUCAACCUUCCACAGCUCUCUAACCCCUGGAUGGUGCAGGAUACAGUGGUUGAAUCCCUGUCGGGUUUUUUGGAUGGCAUUUCAUGGCUGCUGAGAAGCUCUGGUGUCAAACUUCAUGACAGUUCACCCUGAGAUCCAUUAAAACAAACACUACUGAAACUCAGGAAAAAUAACUAAAAACACUGAAGAAGGUAUUGGAAGUCUACAAUUAUUUAUUAAAAAAAAAACGAUUUAGACAUGUUUAAAGGGGUAGCAAUAACUAAAAGGUGGCAUUAUCAGCUGCAUCUUAAACGAUUAGCCACAUUAUUUGUAAUAUGGGAUGAUAAUUUGAAAAAAAUAUAUAUUUUUAAGUCAUUUUUUUUUUUGUAUCGUAAUUGAAGUACAUAUUAGAAUGCUGUUUUGUUAGACUCUAGGCUAACAAUAAUCUGUGAAAAAAAUCUGCACUUAAAAACUUCCAAAACAGAAUCUACAAGUUUUGCUUUCAGUGGUCUCCAUCUGAAUAUUAAAAAAGUAUGAUUUCAAGUUAAUCUCAUGAAGGCAAGAAAAAAAGCCUUUUUUUGUUGUUAUUAAAAACCAAUUUGCAUUGCUGCC